AUGUCUACCUUUGGCUACAGGAGAGGACUUAGCAAAUAUGAAUCCAUCGAUGAGGAUGAACUUCUCGCUUCCCUGUCAGCUGAGGAGCUGAAGGAGCUAGAGAGGGAGUUGGAAGACAUUGAACCUGAUCACAGCCUUCCCGUGGGGCUAAGGCAAAAGAGUCUGACCGAGAAAACCCCCACGGGGACAUUCAGCAGAGAGGCACUGAUGGCCUAUUGGGAAAAGGAGUCCCAAAAACUCUUGGAGAAGGAGAGGCUGGGGGAGUGUGGAAAGGUUGCUGAAGAAGACAAAGAGGAGAGUGAGGAAGAGCUCAUCUUCACUGAAACUAACAGUGAGGUUUCUGAGGAGGUGUAUACAGAAGAGGAGGAGGAGGAAGAGGAGGAGGAGGAAGAGGAGGAGGAAGAGGAGGAAGAGGAAGGAACAACUGAAAACGAGAAAGGUAUUAAUGGAACUGUAAAUUAUGAUGGCAUCGAUUCUGAUAAUUCUAAGCCAAAGACAUUUAAAAGUCAAAUAGAAAACAUAAAUUUGACCAAUGGCCACAGUGGAAGGAACACAGAGUCACCGGCUGCCAUUCACCCUUGCGGGAACCCUACAGUGAUCGAGGAUGCCUUGGAAAAGAUUAGGAACAACGACCCUGACACCACAGAGGUCAACCUGAACAACAUCGAGAACAUCACGUCGCAGACCCUUGCCCGCUUCGCUGAGGCCCUCAAGGGCAACACGGCAGUGAAGACCUUCAGUCUGGCCAACACACGCGCGGACGACAGCGCGGCCAUGGCCGUUGCGGAAAUGCUCAAAGUCAACGAGCACAUCACCAACAUCAACGUGGAGUCCAACUUUAUCACGGGCAAGGGGAUCCUGGCCAUCAUGAGAGCUCUGCAGCACAACACGGUGGUCACGGAGCUGCGCUUCCACAACCAGAGGCACAUCAUGGGCAGCCAGGUGGAGAUGGAGAUCGUCAAGCUGCUCAGGGAGAACACAACACUGCUGAGGUUGGGCUACCAUUUUGAGCUCCCAGGACCAAGAAUGAGCAUGACAAGCCUCCUGACGAGAAACAUGGAUAAACAGAGGCAGAAGCGGAUACAGGAGCAAAAACAGCAAGAGAGCUAUGAUGGAGGAGCCAAUCUUAGGACCAAAGUCUGGCAAAGAGGAACACCUGGCUCUUCACCUUAUGCAUCUCCCAGGCACUCUCCCUGGUCAUCCCCCAAACUCCCCAAGAAAGUCCAAACUGUGAGGAGCCGUCCUCCAUCUCCUGUGGCUCCACCCCCUCCUUCUCCGCCACCACCCCCACCGCUUCCCCCGCAAAGGCUGCCACCUCCUCCUCUGCUAGCACCUCCUCCACUCCCAGAGAAAAAACUAAUCACCCGAAACAUCGCAGAAGUCAUCAAACAACAGGAGAGUGCCCAGCGGGCAUUACAAAAUGGACAGAAGAAGAAAAAAGGGAAAAAGGUGAAGAAACAACCAAACAAUAUCCUAAAGGAAAUUAAAAAUUCCCUGAGGUCAGUGCAAGAAAAGAAAAUGGAAGAGAGUUCCCGACCUUCUACCCCACUGAGAUCAGCUCAUGAAAAUCUCAUGGAAGCUAUUCGGGGAAGCAGCAUAAAACAGCUAAGGCAGGUGGAAGUUCCAGAAGCUCUGCGAUAA